AUGGCUUUCAGUGAUGUUCUCGAAUCUCUAGGUGGAGUUGGCUAUUUUCAGUUACUACAUACUAUACUCCUCUUAAUACCUGUAUCUUUGUUGUCAUGCCACAAUCUUCUACAGAACUUCACUGGAGCAGAACCUGAACACCACUGCAAGCUACCAGCAUCAAGUUCCGUGGACAAUCAAGAUCAAACACAACUCAUUAAGCUUUUCAUACCGCUGGACCAGAAUCAAAAACCACUGAGGUGUGUCCAGUACCAACAGGUCAAAGAAUUUUUGUCUACAACCAAACAACAGGAAAGAAUGAAUACUGAGUAUUGCAAAGGAUGGACCUAUGAUCAAAGUGUCUUCUCCUCAACCAUUGUUACAGAGUGGAAUCUGGUUUGUCACCAAAGCUCUUGGAAGCAGGUAGCACGUUCCAUCUACAUGACUGGUGUACUACUGGGGGCACUGGUAUUUGGCAGCCUCUCUGACAAGUUGGGCCGAAUGGAGAUCCUCACCUGGUCUUACCUUCAGAUGGGAAUUGCUGGCAGCUGCGCCGCAUUUCUGCCCACAUUUGAUGCUUAUUGUGCUUUCCGCUUCCUCUGUGGUGUGGCAUCCUCUGCUAUUUCUGUCAACAGCAUCUCCCUAAUUUUAGAGUGGAUGCCCAAGCGUGGCCGGACACUGGCUGGGAAUUUUUUUGGUUUCUCCUACUCAUUGGGGCAGAUAGUUCUGGCUGCAGUAGCGUACAAGAUCAGAGAUUGGCGUUGGCUUCAGUUUGCUGUCUCAGCUCCAUUCUGCAUCUUCUUCAUCUACUCUUGGUGGCUACCAGAAUCCGCUCGCUGGCUUAUUCUUAGGGGAGACCCCCAUAAGGCUCUGAAAAACCUGCAGAAAGCUGCCUGUGUCAAUGGAAAACGCAAGGAAGGAGAGAAGCUGACUGCACAGGCGCUGUGCCUUGAGAUGCAGAAAGACAUUCUACUAAUCAGAUGCUCACACUCAUUAUUUGACCUUGUUCGCACCCCUGCCAUGAGGCGCAUGUCCCUAUGUCUCAUCCUGGUUUGGUUCUCAAGUAACUUUGCCUACUAUGGUGUGAGCAUGGAUCUUCAGAAGUUCGGGAUCAGCAUUUUCCUGGCUCAGGCACUGUUUGGAGGGGUAGAAAUGAUGGCUAAACUGCUAAUGAUGUCGAUAAUGACCUUUGUGGGAAGAAGAGUCAUUCAGUUUGUGUCUCUGGUCCUGGCUGGGAUAAUGGUCAUUGCUUAUGGCUUCACACCUCAAGAUAUGCAGCUGUUAUGUACAGUCUUAGCAGUGACCGGGAAAGCUUUUCUGGCAUGUUCUAUUACCUGUAUGUACCUCUAUACUGGAGAGCUGUACCCCACAGAAAUAAGACAGACUGGACUGGGCUUCAGUGCUACACAUGCUCGCCUGGGAUCCGCUGUAGCCUCUGUUUUGCAUUUAACAGGCGACUUCUCAUCUACUUUACUUCCCAUGAUAUUUGGAGUCGCUCCUAUUAUAGCAGGAUUCCUUUCCUGCCUACUGCUGGAAACCAAAGACUCCUCCCUACCUGAUACCAUCAGUGAAGUGGAAGACAGAUUUAAAGAAAGUUCCCCUUGUAUGUCUGAGGAAUCAGAGAAUGAAGCCUGGACUCAAAAUGGUCAUUUAAAAGAAGUCCCCUAAUGAUAGGGCCAUUAUGAGCAACAAAGAGCCCAGAUGGAACAGAGCCUAUGAUUUUGUGUACUUCACAGUAAUCCUUCAUGGGAAAGUUAUGACGUUGUCAUGAAGAUUGUCCAGUCAAGGGAAAGCUGUCUGGCCAAAGGAAGAAUGCUCUUAAGUACAGAGCAUAAGAAGAGAACCUCCGAGCUGGCACUGAAAAAAGUAUGGCUGCUAGUAAUGGCUACCUCUAUUGAGUCAGUCGGACUGUGGUGUAAUCAUUAAAUGAGUUGUGGAUAUUUUUAAAGUGAACAUUAGCAAUUUGUUGGUUAAGUGUUAUGAUACUUGAACUAUUUUUUAUGUCAUGGUAGUUUGCUCAUUGAGCCCUUAUUUAGAGUUGGAUGUAAGUCCAUUUGUAAGACGGAAAUAUUGGCAUUUUCAUGCGAAUUGUGUACUAAAAUGCAUCUGUAAUUAAGUUUGUAUUAUAAACUUGUAUGCCUGGAGAGGAGGAAAGUGGACAAGCACAUGUUUAGUAGACUGAGGGAAUGUACACAAAAGUGUAGCACUCCGUCUGGAGAUAAGACCUAAAGAGACUUGUACACAUCUGCACAUCCGCAUAUACUUCAUAGGAGUUGUAUCUUUUGCGGGUACUGUCAGCAUUGUGUAAAGCUAUGUGACGAGAAUAUAUGUUAAA